CGCGAUUUCAUGCCCGCUCGUGGUGCUUUUUUUUUUUGCGCUUCGUUUCUUUGAGAACCAAACCCUACCUUUUUACCUCUUUUAUAACGGUGCAUAUACAAAAAAACAAUGUCGCAGAACUCUCGAAUAUUCAAAGCAACCUACUCUGGCGUGCCGGUAUAUGAGAUGUUGUGCAAAGGCGUAGCCGUGAUGCGACGGCGGUCCGAUGCUUACUUGAAUGCCACCCAAAUCUUAAAAGUGGCCGACUUCGAUAAACCACAGCGAACACGCAUUUUGGAACGUGAAGUCCAAAUCGGCAAGCACGAAAAAGUACAGGGCGGCUACGGCAAAUACCAAGGCACUUGGGUUCCAUUUGAACGAGGUGUCGCAUUAGCGCAGCAGUACCAAGUGGAUCAGCUAUUACAACCUAUUUUCGACUAUGUCAAAGGCGACGAAAGUCCACCCGUGGCACCCAAGCACGUUACAGCCGCGUCAACUCGUCCACGAAGAGCACGCGAACCACGACGGAAACGAGUCAAGCAUGAAGAAGAAAUAGAAGUUUCCGAGGCCGAAAAUUCAUCACAGUAUAGCGAAAUACACGAGAGCGACACUUCAAUGUUAAUAGACGGUGGCGCUGCUGCUGCUGCUGCCGGCGGCUCACGCACACCUUCGCCUUUGUUUCGAUCCACCAGCGACGUUGCGGACGGACACCUGCUCCCACCUCCCAUGACGUAUCACCAUCACCAUCAGCAAAACCAUCGACCCAGCAAACGUGCUAAACGGACCAACAACAGUGCGCGUGAUCAGGACGACGAAGAAACAGAAGACGAAGAACCAGGUCACAAAGCGAGCUCAUCGUAUGCCCAAAAACUUUUACAUAACUUUAUAUCCGGCAGCACAGAAGUUCCGCCCAUCCUGCAACACCCUCCACGCGACUUGGACGUAAAUGUGAUAAUCGACGAUGAAGGACACACGAGCUUGCACUGGGCGGCUGCCAUGGGCCAAUUACAGACAGUCAAAGUGCUGAUUCACCUAAAGGCCGAUGUAUACCGUGUCAAUUUCAAAGGCCAGACCGCACUUAUGCGCAGCGUAUUGUUCACCAAUAACUUUGACCGCAAAACGUUCCACCACAUGCUCGACAUGCUGCAAAAAACCAUCUUUAAUAUCGACAAAAAGGACCAGACCGUGUUUCACCACGUUGCAUCGACAGCCAGCUGGAAAGGCAAAGUGCAUGCGUCACGUUAUUAUAUGGAGUGCUUGAUUGAUAAACUGGGCUCCAACCGAUCCGAAUUGAUAUCCAUCCUGAACGUACAAGACGUGUAUGGUGACACAGCAUUGACAAUUGCAGCAAGGAUAGGCAACAAGAAGCUUGUUCGAUUAUUAAUCGAUGCAGGCGCGAGUACUGAGAUUGCGAACGAAGAAGGCAUGACUGCACAAGACUAUCUGACUGAAUUCGAACGAUCCGGUCGAUUUUCACAAGACGUAUUAGGCGUAGGCGGCGGUGGAGGAGUAGGUGCUGUUGGACCAGGAGGGGUGGCUGGAGCAGCAGGAGGAGUGGCCGGUUUAUCAGCGUCAGCAUCAUCCACACUCGCGAUAAGUGCCAGCGAACAAGCAGCACGUGCACGGUUACGGCAGAAAAUCGAAACCAUGUUCAAACAAAUCCUGGCCAAUGAUCGUUCAGUACCGACAGCAUCACAAUUAUUUGACGGAUUUGCAGGAAGUUAUGAGCGGGACUUAACACAAAAAGAGCAGGCGCUCAAGGAAAAGCGGGUUGAUCUGGAAUUGACGCGCAAGCGGUUGGCAGAAACACGGCGCAUUUUGGACCAAAUUCGGCUUAACCCAGGAUUGUUGGACGAGGCAGAAGGUGCAGCAAAGGAACUCGAAACGCGGUUACGAAAAUUGAUGCAUUAUGCACAAAAGGAGAAACUGUCACAAUUGAUCGAAAAGAAUGAUGACGAGCAAUUAAGACAACAACAAGAACGGCUACCACAACAAAGCUCAGAUAAUGUCAAUGAUGACAAGAAUGUUAAAAAGGAAGGAAAGGAAGAACAACAACAACAACAACAACAAGAUGGCGAUGUAAAGAAGGACAAGGUUAGCGAAGAUGCGUUAGCAAAAAGCACACAAGAGCUUGAAGAGAAACUGUCGUCACUGCAAAAGAAUCGGCGAAAACUGGUGGAUGAAAUCAUACAACUGAAAACACAAACACCAGGAAAACGAUACCAAGAGUACAAGCGCUUGAUAUCCAUGUGCUGCAACGUAGCUUACGAGAAUGUGGAUAUGAUGCUGUCUCCACUCUUGGCUUCGUUUAAUGAAAGUGGAUAAGAGGUUUAUGGUUUGGUUGUCUUUGUUAUCGCUUACAUCCUUUCUCAUUCCUUGCCUGCUUGUUGGGAUCUCCCUUUUGCAUGAAUAUACAUUUUUUAUGUUUUCUUUUAUACAAACAAGAAUGUCUUUAUUCUACCAGCAAUUACG